AUGGGAUGGACCUACUGUGUAAUAUGGUUUCUGUGUUUGUCAGUGAGUGAGUGCUGGCAGCUGCCCAACUCUGAGCCUGUAAUACAUGGGGAGGUCCAGUCUCCUCAGUAUCCCCGGCCUUACCUUCCCAACCUCCUGAAGGAAUGGGACAUAUUGGUUCCUGAGGGCUACCAGAUCCAGCUGUCCCUAACAAACCUGGAUAUUAAAGCUACUUUGGGCUGCUAUCAAGACUCACUGACGGUUCUCUAUGAUCAAAAGGUCUUGGGGAAGUUUUGUGGCCAAGAAAAUUCAACUGAUCACCCAGGCCAAGAGCCAAUCCUUUCUCAAGGCAACAGAAUGACUCUCAUAUUUAAAACAAGUAACUCCUCUCCAGAGGUCCAGCAGCACAUUGGCUUCUCUGCUACCUACAAGGCAAUAGACAUAGAUGAGUGUUCAAAACCAGACUCUGGAGAUGGCUCAUAUCCCCUCUGCUCCCAGAUCUGCAUCAACACCCCCGGCUCUUACCGCUGCUCCUGCCACCAUGAUUACAAACUUCAUUUAGACCAGCACACAUGUUUGUUAUCCUGUGGAGGUUGUAUAUUUGAUAAACAUGAGGGACAUCUGUCCAGUCCAGGGUACCCUCGUCUUUCACCUCCUUUUCUGUCCUGCAAGUACAUCAUCUCUGUGGAGCCCAGAUUCACUGUCACUCUCAAUUUUACUGACAACUUCCACAUAGAGAGCAUGGACACUCAGCAGGGUCCCAAGUGUCUACAUCACUGGCUGCAGGUGACCAUCCCAGACAGAGAGCCCAUGAAGCUGUGUGGUGGAAAAAGUCCAGGUCUGAUAGCUACAAAUUCCAGUACUGUCAGACUGGACUACCACACUGAUAAUGAGGGCCUGAGUCACGGCUGGAGCCUGGACUACAGCACAGAUGUUGUCAAAUGUCCAUUUCCGGGGAAAGUGACUAAAGGCAGAGUGACUCCUGUCUUAACUGAGUAUUUCUACAGAGAUUACAUCUAUGUGACCUGUGACCGAGGAUACAAGCUGAUGAUGGAUGGUCAAAAAAUCAAGACAUACUCAGCCAUGUGUCAGAAAGACAGACAGUGGCACCUCCCUCUGCCAAAAUGCCAGAAAGUUGACUGUGGAGAACCCAAACCUUUGCUGAAUGGAGGAGUGACCUUCCUGUCUGGCUUUCAGAAUCAGUAUGGUUCUGUUGUUCAGUAUCACUGCAAUGAACCUUUUUACUCUCUCCCUGGGGGCGUUAAUGUUAGUUUCACCUGUGAAACAGACAGAAAGUGGAGAUCCAACCACACCAUCACUCCAACAUGUAUACCUGUCUGUGGCCAGCCUACAAAACUCAUCUCUGCCUAUCAGAGGAUCAUUGGAGGCAGCAACGCUCCAGACAAAACCAUCCCCUGGCAAGUGUUACUGAGAGUAGAUGGACAAAGAGCAGGAGGCAUUGUGAUUGCAGACCGCUGGAUUAUGACUGCAGCUCAUGUCCUAAAGCAUAAUGGACAACAAGUAUCAAAAGAGUCUAUACAGAUUAACAUGGGAGUUACUGAUGUUAGUCAGCUCUCUCCUGUGUAUGCUGCCUCUGUUCACAUUCACCCUAAAUACAACAACCCCAAUGACUUAGAUUACGACAAUGACAUCGCCUUGAUCAAACUGCAAGUCCGAAUCACAUUCAACUCAUCCAUUAUGCCAAUUUGUUUGCCAGCAAAGGGUGCCACAUAUGUCACUGGCAUGAUGGGACUGGUGUCCGGCUUUGGCCUUACAGACACAGCCGACAGCCGAUGGAUUGUCCCAAAUAAGCUGAAGUACGUGCAUCUCCCUGUGGUGGAGCAGGAGACAUGCAAUAAUUCAAUCACUUUGUUGAAGAGGAAAAGGAAAAAUGUACCAAGUCUGACAAAUAACAUGUUUUGUGCUGGAGUCCCUGAAGGUGGGAAGGACUCCUGCCACAGUGAUAAUGGAGGCCCCUUCGCCCUGAGUGAAGAUGGACUGUUCUGGGUUGCUGGGAUUGUCAGCUGGGGGGUUGACUGCGGACAGCAGGGAACAUAUGGAGUCUAUACCAGAGUCGCAAACUACCUGGACUGGAUCAACAAGACUAUGCAGAAGAAGUUUACUAAAUUUAAUCACUAA